UUAGAUUUCUGUAGUUCAUUUUUUUAUAAAACAAAUAGAUUUCGAAAACGUUACAUUCAUUUGUGGCCUAUGCAGUAUUACUGAGUAUUAUUUAUAAAUAUUAAACAUUCAUUCACAGGAAUUCAAAAUGGAUAAGCAGAGACUUACACAGUACAGUACACAAACGUUUUUAGUUACUUUGAAUGAGUAUGGUCAAAAAAUAUAUACAUCUCAAACUAACCCUUCUAAAAGUUAUAUAAUAGACGAAGAAGGCAAUUUGCUAGAAUAUAACCCUGAUAUGAGUACCAAUGAUAUUGAUUCUCAAACAAUACACAUCAAUGAAGAUGAGGACUCUAAUGAAAUGGAUGUUGAUCAAUUAGAAGAUGCUACCCAUCUUGGUUUAAUGAGUACUUUAGAAAGCGAUUUUGAAAACAAUUUAAUGCACGAACUGGAUUCCGGAUUACUGACAAUGGUGGGGGAUAGUACCUCUCAUUAUAUUAUGCAGCUUAUGGACAUUCAGGAGCCUUUAUUUAAAUUAAGAAGCCUACUUGAAGAGAAAUUACAAAUGAAUUUAGAAAAUUAUAAGUUUUUCUUACAAGGAGUUCAAGAACUAGAAGGUCACAGAAAUUUAGUGGAACAAUGUGUUCAAGGAAAAGGUAUUGUGCAGAUAAAUGUUCAAAUUCAGGUUGCACUUAAGAGAAUUAAUAUUAUUGAUGUCUUGAAGCCAACAGAGGAUUCCAUUGCAGGUAUUAUCACAAAUACAUAUUCUAUUACGAAUGACUCGUCAGAGAAAUCCUCCAGAGAAACAGGAGAAGAGAAUUCCUCUAAAUCUAAGAAUAUAGUACAAUGGCAAGUUGACCUUAAUUUCAGAAAGGAACAGGAGAGAUUGAAAAUGCCUUUGGACCCAAUAGAUUGGGGCGUUAUUCAUGUUAGGCAUUGGCUUCAGUGGGCAGUUCGUCAUUUCAACCUCCCUAACAUCAAACUUUCAGAUUGGUGCAUGAAUGGAGAGGAACUAUAUAAAUUAACGAUUCAGGACUUUCAAAAGAUUGUGCCAUCUGAUCCAUCUGACAUAUUCUGGACCCACUUGGAACUGUUGAGGAAAAUGAAAGUUGUAGCAAUCAUCAAAGAGGACGAUUUGGAUUUGUCAUCACCACCUAAAAGAAAACCCAAAUUAAUGGAGCAAACUAAGAUAACUAGGGGAAAGAACUUCAUACCAACCAUUUACAAAUACUUUGACAGCACUAUCCAUAGCAAGAACAUAUUCCAUGGACAAAUACAGUUGUGGCAGUUUCUCCUAGAAUUACUCACCUCCAGUGAAUACAAAAACAUUAUUAGAUGGAUAGGAAAUGAAGGAGAAUUCAAAUUGACAAACCCAGAUAGUGUUGCCAAAUUAUGGGGCGAAAGAAAAAAUAAGCCAAAGAUGAACUAUGAAAAACUAUCAAGAGCUCUUCGAUAUUAUUAUGAUGGUGAUAUGAUAUCUAAAGUGAGUGGGAAAAGAUUUGUAUAUAAAUUUGUCUGUGAUUUGAAGCACCUACUUGGAUAUAGUGCUAUUGAGUUAUCCAACUUAGUGAACUACCGCAAUCCACGACGAACGAAUUGAGUUUCAUACUGGUAUUUUUCAAAAUUGAAAUUGGAGUUUUGUGAGGGACCAAGAAAUGUUUCAUGUUGUUAAAGUUAUUAACUGAUAUUAUUCCUGUUAAUUGAUUUAAUUAAUCAAAGUUCUUUCAUUUUGUCAUAAUUCAUUUUUGGAGAACUGGAAUAUGUCAAAUUUUAUGCCUAUUUAUCUUGUUAUAUUCCAUUGUAUUGUAUCUAAGAGAUGAAAUAUAUUUUGUUAAUAUUA